CUCCACAUUUGGCAUAUCAGUGCGGUUGAUUACUAGUAAAAGAGUUCGAAACUAGAAUGCCGUUGAAAGUGAACAUUAUAAGUCGAAGUUAUUACACCACAGCCAUGGAAAUUGCCAAAAAAUUUGUUGUUGUGAAACAUUUCCAAGGAGAGCCCAAGGCAUCAGACCUGAAAAUCGUUGAGGAAGAGUUGAGACCGAUAAAAGAUGGAGAAUUUUUGACACAGGCAGAAUACAUAUCAGUCGAUCCCUAUCAACGAAGAUACAUCACCAAAUUUCCACUGGGGAUAACGAUGAUUGGUUCCCAGGUGGCGAAGAUAAUUGAGUCGAAAAAUCCUGAUUAUCCAGUGGGGAAGAGAGUAGCUGGAUGGCUGGGAUGGAGGACCCACACUAUUCUCGAUGGGAAAGAAUUCUCUGGAGCAAGUCUGAUCAAUCAAAUUCCGUAUGUUCUUCCAGAGUUUGGGAAUCUUCCACCAUCUGUAGCACUUGGGGCUGUGGGAAUGCCAGGAAAUACCGCGUACUUCGGUUUCCUCGAGACGUGCAAUCCACAGCCCGGCGAGACUCUAGUCGUGACCGGAGCUGCUGGAGCUGUUGGAUCCCACGUGGGACAAAUUGGCAAAAUAAAAGGUAUGAAGGUCAUUGGAAUCGCUGGAUCCGACGAAAAAUGUAAAUGGCUGACUGAAGAAUUGGGUUUUGAUCAUGCGAUCAACUACAAAUUAUCGAACGUCGGGGAUGAGCUGAGGAAAGCAGCCCCUGAAGGAGUCGAUUGCUUCUUCGACAAUGUGGGUGGACAGAUCUCCAGCGUGAUAAUCUAUCAGAUGAAGCUAAUGGGAAGAGUUUCGGUGUGCGGCAGUAUUUCUUCCUACAACGACGACGAAAGGGACAUUUCAACUCUUCCUAAAGCGACGAUAAUCCAGCCGGGGCUGGUGACAGGGCAAUUGACAAUCCGAGGGGUUCGUGUUGUCUACUGGCUGGACCGGUGGAUGGAGGGAAUCAAUCAGAACCUCCAGUGGAUCCAGGAGGGAAAGCUCAAGUACCGAGAGACAGUUACUCAAGGCUUCGAGAAUACUUUUCAAGCUUUUACUGGAAUGUUGAAGGGAGAUAACGUCGGAAAAGCUAUCGUAAAAGUCUGAUUUUUUCUAGCAUUGAAAAGGAAUUCAAUUGAAUUUUUAUAUUUUUAAUAAAAUAUGAUGAGUUCCACCCAGAAA